AUGGAGUCUGGCAUGUUUGAGGAUGAGUUUCAAAAUGAUGGUUCUUUUCUACACGAUGAGUUUGAGGAUGGUGAGAAUUUUGAGGAUACUGAGAAUGAGACAUCAGAUGCAACUGAUGAUCCAAAACGACAAGAUUUGAAUGGAGAAGUGACAGAACGUCGUAUGUGGGCUAAACAAGUUCCUAAACUUCCUGUUACGGAGCAAAUUAUAGUUCCUUUUAAAGGAAAUCAGCCUGUUGGAACUGAUAUUGAUGGGCUCUUAGGACAAUAUCUGGGUCGAUUAGCUUCUAACCACAAAUUACUUCCUAUUAGUUUCAAGAAGUGGCCUGAGGUGGUUAAGACAUACAAAGAUUGGGUUUGGGAAAAACACAUUAAGGUCAAGUUUUGGUGGGAGCCAAUCCAUGAAGCAGCAGCAAGAACAAGCUUUAUGAUGGAUAUGGGGAAAAAAUGGAGGGAGAAUAGGAUACGGUUGUUCCACACCAAGUUUGACAAGACAUUAAGUCGUGAAGAAAAUAUCAGAAAUCCUCCAUUGUCAAUUCCACCAACAGAGUGGGCUGCCUUUAUAGAUUAUCGAUUGGAAGAGGACACUAUGAAAAAAAGCAAACAAAAUGCAGCAAAUAGAGCAAAGCUUACGAUUACCAUACCGGUGGCUCUAAGAAACUAA